UAGCUUCAAGGAGCACGUGCCAGAGUGAGGAGCAUAGGAAUACAGCCCAGGGAGAGAAUCCCAUUUGUUGACUCAGCCAUUCAUGCAACAAAGGGAAAGAAUGACAAAAGUUCUCACCCUCUUGGGCAAGGCAGAAGGGAACACAGAAAUGUCACACAAAUAAGUGCAAGAUCAAAAUAAUUAUAGCCUCCACAAGUAAAAGGAAAAAGUGCGCCCCAGGGUGGCUCAGGCCUGGAGACUAGAGUAGGCGGUCCAACCCCACCCAUCCCUGAAGUCCCUGCCGCGGCCGAGCUCGGCGGCACCGGUCGUCCUCCCUCCCGCCAGGGGGCGGUGCAGCCCCGCCGCCAUCCCGACAGCUCUCGCGCGGGCGCGCGACUUCAACCAGCGGAAGAGCCUCCUUGCGAGGCCGGUCGGCAAGCGGAAGCGGCUCGCACGCCGGGCACCGCAAUGCCUGGGGACCACCGUCGCAUCCGCGGUCCCGAGGAGUCGCAGCCGCCACAGCUGUACGCGGCCAACGAGGACGAGGCACCCGCCGCCCGCGACCCGACCCGGCUGCGGCCCGUGUACGCACGCGCCGGGCUACUGAGCCAGGCUAAGGGCUCGGCCUACCUGGAGGCAGGAGGUACCAAGGUGCUGUGCGCCGUGUCGGGCCCGCGCCAGGCCGAGGGCGGCGAGCGGGGCGGUGGCCCGGCCGGAGCGGGCGGAGAGGCCCCGGCCGCGUUGCGCGGCCGCCUGCUCUGCGACUUCCGCCGCGCGCCCUUCGCGGGCCGCCGGCGCCGCGCGCCCCCUGGAGGCUGCGAGGAGCGCGAGCUGGCGCUGGCGCUGCAGGAGGCGCUCGAGCCGGCCGUGCGCCUGGGCCGCUACCCGCGCGCGCAGCUUGAGGUGUCCGCACUGCUGCUCGAGGACGGCGGCUCGGCACUGGCCGCCGCGCUCACGGCUGCCGCGCUCGCCUUGGCCGACGCGGGCAUCGAGAUGUACGACCUAGUGGUGGGCUGCGGCCUCAGCCGCGCGCCAGGGCCCGCGCCUACGUGGCUCCUGGACCCUACGCGGCUCGAGGAGGAGCGCGCCGCCGCCAGUCUCACCGUGGCGCUCAUGCCAGUGCUCAAUCAAGUGGCCGGGCUGCUGGGCGGCGGGGAAGGCGGCCCGACCGAGAGCUGGGCCGAGGCCGUGCGCCUAGGUCUAGAGGGCUGCCAGCGCCUCUACCCGGUACUUCAGCAGUGCCUAGUGCGGGCCGCCCGCCGGAGGGGCACCGCCACCCCACCCUGAACCGCAAGUCGGAGUAGUGACGGAGGCCACCGAGGGACCGUGCAGCCACCGUACUCAGGACUCGACCGUUUGUAACCAGACUGCAAAGCUAAGCUGGAACACCGGAGAGGAUUGGAGAGGCGUGCAUAGAGCUAGCUGAUGCACUGGACAGCUGGUUGGAACUGCGGUUUACAAACUUCUAUUAAAGGAACUUUUCCCCUUGAGCUGGCUCCCAGCUACAGCACAGUUGAAGAACCCUGUGAAUGCAGACUGAUUCCUAAGUUAAAAACAAUUUAAGCUGGGCUAACCUGGAAAACGCGAUUUGGAGCUGUUGUGUAUUGGGGAUGGACCCUUCGCUAGCUAGUCAGUGACUCCUCCUAAUAUAACUGGGCUACUUUUGAGAGGAUGGACAAGGGGGCUGUGCCUUCUCACUUACAUUUGAGCCAGAACAAAACUAUUUUAUAUUUGAGAAACGUUUUCUGUUGUGAUUCUUCUUGGUACAGGAUUCAAAAGAGCAGCUGAGCUGGGGUAGUGCAUGCUUGAUCCCCUGGUGUCCAGUGCUCAAGACAGCACUGCCUUAAAUAUGUCCUGUCCCUUAGGACAACAUAGCAGUAAAGGCGGUUGAAAUACUAAAGCAACUUCAGGGGUUGAUGUGGGAAAUGUACUUUGAAGGAGAAGCUGCCCCUUCAGUAAUGAGUGGGGACAGUUACAUCCUCCAGUCCCUGGUUUAUUGCUAGGCAAGAACACAGCUCAGGGUUGGGUAGCUGGUAAGAGUUUUGUUCUGAGUGGAAACCAGAUCCCAUCCUUGGUGGUGUGCAAAGCAGCACAGCCAGAGGCUGCCUCUGCUGCUGGUAAGAAGUGGGGUCAUGGGCUGGUGUGGUCAUUUGGUGCCUCUUGUCUAGUCUUGGUUCUGAAGAGCAAGGCCCUGAGCAGUGGGAGCUUGGGAGAGGGCAAAUGAGCUGUCAGAGUGCAAGCUUCUGGGUACUAGAAAACUAGAUAAAGCCUGCCUAUUUUAUAAGGCGGAGCUGGGCUGGGCACAGUAGCUCACAUCUAUAAUCCUAGCACUCUGGGAGGCCAAGGCAGGUGGAUCGCCUGAUCUUACGAGUUUGAGACCAGCCUGAGCAAGAGUGAGACCCCAUCUCUGUAACAAAUAGAAAAACUAGGUCGCCCCUGUAGCUCAGU